UUCAACCUUUCGUUGAAAUCCGAGAAAAUCAGCAACGAUUUCACAUCACCACAGAUCACAAUGUCCAAACUAGGAAACCGCGCCGACUGGGCCGACGACGAGGAGUUCGAUGACCCCUCCGCUCUCCCCCCGCAACAAGUUACGACGAACAAAGAUGGAACCAAGACCGUGAUCUCGUACCGCUUCAAUGACGACAACAAGAAGGUCAAGGUGACCCGCCGCAUCAAAACCACCGUGGUCCGCGAACAUGUGAACCCCCGGGUCGCUGAGCGACGCGCCUGGGACAAGUUCGGUCUCGAGAAGGGCCACGCUGCCGGACCCUCGUUCGAUACCACCUCCGUCGGCGAGAACAUCGUUUUCCGACCCAGCAUCAACUGGAAGGCCCAGGCCCAGGAGGAGGAGAAGGCCGGCGGCGAGAAGGGCGGCAUCAAGGACCAGCUGAAGGACAAGAAGGUCAAGUGUCGUAUUUGCAGCGGAGAGCAUUUCACCGCUCGCUGUCCGUUCAAGGACACCAUGGCUCCGGUCGACGAGCCUGCUGGCGGCGCCGGCGCCGAGGGUGGAGCAGAGGAUGCCGGUGCUGCUGGUGGUCUUGGAGCCAGCAAUGCCAGCUACGUGCCUCCUCAUCUGCGGAAGGGUGCUGCUGGCGGCGGCGAGAGAAUGGCUGGCAAGUACGAGAAGGACGAUCUGGCGACACUGAGAGUUACGAACGUGAGCGAGUUGGCCGAAGAAGCAGAGGUUCGGGAUCUGUUCGAGCGCUUCGGUCGUGUCACCAGAGUGUUUUUGGCCCGAGACAGAGAGACCCAGCGGGCCAAGGGCUUCGCUUUCAUCAGUUUCGCGGACCGAAGCGACGCUGCUCGCGCCUGCGAAAAGAUGGACGGCUUCGGUUAUCGCCAUCUCAUUCUCCGCGUCGAGUUCGCCAAGCGUGCUACUUAAAAAACUUCUCUCGUCCCCUUUUUCUUCUCCUUUUUUCGCAUCUCCUUAUCUUGCUUCACGACACUUUGGAUCACUUUUUUUUAUUCGCCCGUAGGGCGGGCUUCCUUCAUGACUGAGGAUCGAUCUUUUCUUUGUAUUGUAUGAUCUGGUCAAUAAUGAUGAUUAUCGAAAAAAGGCCCCCUUUUCCUCCAACGUGUCAUUUACUUUGCUUGAUUUUUUUUAUACAAAGAAAAGCAACGGUUUUAGAGGGUUUCAUUUGAUGUGCUGCUUACCUACCUCCCUACCUACCUACCCCUUCAUCUCAGAUACCUAGAUUUUCAAGAAAAAAGAGAAGAAUUGCC